AUGAGACGUUCACGUCUGUUGAAUAUUUUAGUUAUCGUGUACCUGCCUGAAUCAGAAUCAUCGUUCAUCUGGUGGUUUAUUUGCUUAUUUUAUCACGGCAACACAUUUUGCGACACUAGCAAAAUGAUAAAUAUCGCCAUUAAUGUUACUUCUGGGAUGUUAGGUGGCGCAUUACCAGGCGGUGGCACUUCACCGACUUCAUCAGGACCCAAUAAAAUGUGAAGUCACACUGAAGAAGUCAACACUGACUAAAUAUUCAAAAUUAGCAAUUCAAAUUUUUCAGAACCAAUUGAAUACCAAAGAUUUCUGUUGACUUCAAACCUUCCUCCAUAUUGUUUCAUCUACGUAAAGAAAUAUUUAUUUUCACAAAAUCAUAUUCUAAACGUAAUAUAUCUGUAUUGACUUAUUCAUAUCUACACACCAAAUCACCUCCAC